AUUAUUAUCGUGAAUUCUUUCGCUUUUUUUUCCAUAGUGCGCUUAGCGCCGCUUGUGCGGGUGCGGUGGCUUGGCGCUCGCCUAUCUGGUGCUAACCGGAUCGGGCCCCCGCGGUGGCUGAGUCAGCAGACCACCAAUGACAUGCCAUCUGAUAAAUGCGAUAAAGAAUAUGGGGCUGAUUGUCUGGUCUGGUCAAGCUUAAUGAUGAUGAUAUAUUCUUGGCUUCUGUUUUCUUAAUUUCAUUUUGAACUUUGAUUCCCAAGGAUACUUCUUCUUACUGCAUCGUUAUCCUUGUAGAAUCGCUGUGUCAUGGCAAAUUGGCCUCCUCUGGCACCAGUUCCACCCCCCGCGGUGCAGAGUGCCAUACCCCCCCAGGAAUGGGAGCUCUAUAUAGAUGCGUGGAUUUUGCUUCUGAGCUUGCGCAUAGAGUCAUCCGAUGCGAAAUUCGCAGAACAUGCACCCACAGAUGACUCCGCAGUCACCUUCUUGACUUCAUUCUAUGAUCAGCUGGCAAGUGCUGGUACGCCGGGUUUGCAUACGGGGUCGAAAGUAAGAACACUACGGAAGCUAUGUUUCUUGCUCACAAGACGACUCUUGUUGGACGCGCCCACCUCCCCACCGGAUCUACUAGAAUGGAAGUACCUGGGUAACAUGUGCAGUUGCUAUCCCUCCAGCUCUGCACUGAAGAAAUUACUGUCCGAAGCUUGGGACAAGCAUGAAGAGACUAUAUCAUCGAGCCUCGAGAAGGCAAAGACAACCAUGACGAAACAGCUGUCUAUGUCAAGCUCCGCACAAGUCCCCAAGACCAUCCCUGACAUUCGCCUAUUAACCAUCCUGGGCUCUGUCCUCCCCGCAUGCGGCCAGGCACUGAUGGCCGGCUCCGACUUCCUGGACACAUGCUGCGAAGCAUACCAAGCACACAAGAGGGACGAGCUCCGCAAAGUACUAGUCGCCAUUGUCUACGUCGGCCUUACAUCUCUACUAAAAGGCCCCAAACCAAACCUCUCCCUACUUCUGGACCAGCUCUUCAGCCUAAAGGCCAGCGCAGGGAUCAAUGCGCCCACAACAAAGAAGGAGCCCACCCUCCUCUCCGACCUAAUCUGCAGCUCCGAUCUCCUCGUCCGCCUGGACCGGUACCUAAUCUCGCACCCACAGAAACGCGGCCAGGACCUCCUCUCCAGUCUACGCGCAUACCAGACCGAAUCGAAUGUAUUCCACCACCGCUACCAGAAACAAAAGAAAAGAUCCGAUAAAGGCAAAGGCCGCGCCACCACAGAUCUCCCCCCAGCAGAAGACAUGCACAUUCACCGAAUGUCGCUCAUCACGCAGAUCCAGGACCUCUUCCCCGACCUGGGAUCGGGGUACAUCGUCCGCCUACUCGAUAUCUACGACGAUAACCCGGAGACCGUCAUCGCACAUCUCCUGGAUGACUCUAUCCCCCCUGAACUCCGGGACCUUGAUAAAUCAGAACAACUUCCCACUACCGAUUCCCCUGCCCCCAAGCACGACCCCUUCCCUCCCCGCCCAACACCCCCAGAAAUCUCUCCCCCGACUCAACCCCGCAAAAACAUCUUCGACAAAGACGUCGAUCUAGCCGACCUCGCCGAGACAGACAAAGUGCGCUUCGGCCGCGCAAAUCCAGACCAAACAGCCGAUGACAUCCUCGCCGAUCGCAGCAAACACGCCGUCAACAAAGCGGCCAUCAUGUCUGCGCUGGCGAGCUUCGACUCGGACGAUGACGAACGCGACGAUACAUACGACGUAGCAGACGUAGGCGGCACCGUCGACGCCACCACCACUGACACAGACGCCGAUGCGAAACACAAAGCGGACGAGCUCGAUCUCACGCUGUUCCGGACGUACAAGGCUACGCCGGCGCUGUUUGCUCGGGACUCGGCGACCCGUCGGUCGCAGCCACGAGCUUCGCUGAAGCGCGAGACGGGCAUGACGGAUGAGGCGAUUGAGGGGUGGGCUGUUAUGCUGGCGCGCGAUUCGAAGCGGUUGGCGAAGUUGGAGGAUCGGUUAUCGCUUUCGGAGGUCGGGCCUGGUGGGACGGGUCUUAUGCAGCCGGAGAUUAAGCCGACGGCUUAUCGGAGGCCUGGACCUAGGGGCGAUGGGGAGUCAGGCAGUGAGACUGAUGAGCCGGUUGGCUCUGGGUCUCGUGGUAGAGGGGGGCCCGGUAGGGGGCGCGGUCGUGGUGGUCGACGAGGUGGUGGUGGUGGUGCUGGACGCGGGCGUGGUGGUAAUGCAGGAGGUGGCUCCGGUGACGGGAAUACGGCUGCGCAGCGGCAGAGGAAGGAGGAGAAUAAGGGCAGUAGGGCGAAUCAUAAUCGUCGACAGCAGAGGGCGAAGAAGGUGGCGCGGGCUGGGGGUAUGAUGGGGUAAUGCUAGCUGAUGGAUGGUGAUUUUCAAUCAUGCUGUGAUGAUGACCAUAGAGUCUCGUGGUUUAUGUACAUACUGCAUUAGUUAAAAGACCCUGGAUGAUGGGUCUUAUUGAAUAUAGAAAGCGGAACUCUGAACCAGAAUAUGUAAGGUAAUGUGGAUUUGUAAGUCAUAUAGUAUGAUUAUGAUUCUACUCUCUAAGUGGAAACUCAUACAUAUAAAUAACAACCGACGUCAAACUGAGGGACAUUAUCACAUCAUCAAUA